AUGGGUUGGAGUAGUGAUAAUCUUUUUGGCGGAUAUGGUGGAUUCGGUCAUCACCACCAUCAUCAUGGUCAGUUUGGUGGAUAUCCAUAUGGUGGAUUUGGUGGAUUUCCCUAUGGUGGAUAUGGUGGAGGAUAUGGCUAUGGAGGCCUUGGCGGCUUUGGUGGCUUUCCAUAUGGUGGAGGUUAUGGAUAUGGUUGUGAUUAUCUCUUUGGUGGAUAUGGUGGAUAUGGUGGAUUUCCUUAUGGUGGUUAUGGUGGAUUUGGCGGAUUUCCUUAUGGUGGAUACUACGGUGGAGGCUUUGGCAGAUAUCCAUAUGGUGGAGGUUAUGAAUAUGGAUCGUAA